AUGGCGCCCAAGAAGAAGAAACCUUACUCCAACAGAUCUGUUAACGACAAGCCAAAUCCGCACCUCAAGCAAUCUCUCGGAGACUCGCUGAUUGAAUAUAAUCAGCCUGAAUGGUCUCCUUAUGAGUCUCAAAUCAUCAGUAUUCGUAUAGGAUGCAGGACAUACAGGAUUCCAGCAUGCUGCAUCCAAAAUUAUCCACAGCUCAGCAGUUCCCGUUCAUGGGAAUCAGAUUAUAUCCUUUCUGAGGUGGAUGACGAGGUUGGCCACACCGUCGUUCACUUUUUGCGCACCGGUAAUUAUGAAACUCUCCGGGCUGCAUCCGAGCCAGGUGUGUCCAAGAUGGCAAUAGAAUACAGAAGGAGCAUGCUUGUCUACCAAGCAGCCAGAAAAUAUGAUUUAUGCGACCUGGAGACGUACGCGAAGAAAUACAUCGAGAUGUUCGGCGAGUCGAUGUCCACUUUCGAUAGAAUGGAGGCUGCAAGAGAGAUAUAUUCCAGACUUCCCCAAGAUGAGACUUGGCUUGCCAGCUACAUCAACAAACAACUUCGAAUUGCUUUCUCACUAGACGAAACCAUCUUUCAGCGCGAAGAAUUCUAUCACGGGGUUGGAAAAGACCCGGUUUUUGACAAAGCCGUGAUGAGAAUGGUUGUGAACAUCUACUCUGAGCUACUGUCUAGACGGAACACUGAGACUACCCCUGAGGAGGGUGUUGCUGAGGAGGGCACUGCGGAGGAUUGUGCUGUGGAGGAUGGUGCUGAUGCUGCGGAAGUUGGCGCUGUGGAAGAGAGUGCUGUGGGGGAUGGCGCUGCGGAGGAUAAUGCUGCGGGAGAGUAUGGUGCUGCGGAAGAGGGCGCUGUGGAAGAGGGUGCUGUGAACAUAGGAGGGCUAAGGAAGAAAGCUAUUUAG